UUACGACCCUUCCCUUCGAAGCCAGCCCCAUCCAACCCGACCAAAUCAAUCGCCAACGACCAUCACCAGCAACUGCAGUCAAGAUGGUCAACCUGCGAACCCAGAAGCGCCUCGCGGCCGAUGUCCUUAGCUGCGGCAAGGGCAAGAUCUGGCUGGACCCCAACGAGGUCAACGAGAUCUCCAACGCCAACUCCCGCCAGUCGAUCCGCAAGCUCGUCGCCGAUGGCCUCAUCAUCCGCAAGCCCGUCACCAUGCACUCGCGUGCCCGUGCCCGCGAGCUGAACCUCGCCCGCCGGAUUGGUCGCCACCGUGGUUUCGGAAAGAGAAAGGGUACCGCCGAUGCCCGUAUGCCUGAGCAAGUCCUUUGGAUGCGCCGUCAACGAGUUCUCCGCCGUCUUCUCGUCAAGUACCGUGCCUCUGGCAAGAUUGACAAGCACCUCUACCACGAGCUGUACCACGCUGCCAAGGGUAACACCUUCAAGCACAAGCGUGCCCUGGUUGAACACAUCCACCGCGCCAAGGCCGAGAAGGCCCGCGAGAGACAGCUGAAGGAGGAGAUGGACGCCAAGCGUGCAAAGACCAAGGCUGCUCGCGAGCGCAAGCUGGCCCGGCAGACAGAGAAGAGGAACGCCCUGAUGGGCGACGUGGAGGAGGAGAAGUAAGGGCGGUCCGGACGACAACUCGAUGUCGAUGUCGACGGCAACGGUACCAGCAACCACGACAACAUUCCUCCUCACUGAAUGAAGACGGAAAGGGAUCUUGCAUUCGGAGUAAUCGGUUGGGUUCGCGCUGCUCAGUACAUAUUUCUCUGAAAUCCACAAUCGCAGGGCUUCUUAGGGAAAGAAAAGAUCUCUCGGUGUCUGUCUCGGGGGUUUCGGCAUGUUUUGAUGGCAUUGAAAACGGGAUCAAUGAGCUGCGAGCAAAUUUCAUGGGAUGGUUUCACCAUUUUUCUAAACUGAUGCUUGUUCUGGAAACGUGAAUGUCUAUGGUUUCUCCCACCUUACACUGCAUGCUUCAUAUUCUGUCAUCCUCCUUACACUAGGAUAACCAUCAUAUUGACAUGC